CAGCCUCCGGUCCCUCAGUACCUCCACGGCCACCAAACCGUCUUGACAGACACAUCAUUGUCUAUAAAAUUUAAAAUCAACUUUAUAACCUUCAAUUAAAGUUCAAAGUUGCGCGUGCGUGUUUUUUUUUUACUGAACUUUUUAUCAAGUGUCGGUUAGUUGAGGCGAGACCUCCAGACGGAGUGUACGAUGGCGAAGUUGCUCUGUGUGUGUUUGUUUAUGUGUGUGCAAUUAGUGUUUUGUCAGUUUGGAUUCUUCCCAUCGCGAGACAACCGAGGGUUCAGUCAGAGCCUCCUAGACCCUUCCAGAAUAAGGCACAGGAUCCAAACUGUUCUACACAUCCAGCCCCAGAACCCGAGCAACAAUCCGUAUGGCUACAACACAGACGAAUACGGCAGACCCAUAUCUGACUACAGCCGACCAAAUUACGAUUACGGCAGACCAAAUUACGAAUAUAGUAGACCGAAUCAAUUCUAUGAUCAAAAUGGGGCCAACCAAUAUGGCUUCCAGAAUCCAGUAAAUACAAACAAUUUUCAAUAUCCGCAAAGUCAGAAUGAAUUCCAAAACACACCCAGCCCAAUUGGGCUCAAUACUCCACCGCCACAAAGUGAAUAUACAAAUACCAAUGGUAAUAAUAUCUUCCAGAAUACACCAAAUCAAAAUGGGUUCCAAAAUCCACCAAGCCGGAAUGGUUUCCCUGAUUCCAGUCAGGUUGGAUUUCCUACUGCACCACCAAAGAAUGAAUUCCCUAAUACCAAUGAAAACGGCUUUCAAGAUCCACCAAGCCAAAAUGGGUUCCAAAAUCCGCAAAGCUCAAAUGGUUUCCCUGAUUCCAGUCAAGCUGGAUUUCCUGCAGCACCACCAAAGAAUGAUUUCCCUAAUACCAAUGAAAACGGCUUUCAAAGUCCACCAAACCAAAAUGGAUUCCAAAAUCCGCCAAGCCAAAACGGAUUCCAAAAUCCGCCAAGCCAAAAUGGUUUCCGUGAUUCCAGUCAAGUUGGAUUUCCUACAGCACCAGCAAAGAAUGAAUUCCCUAAUACCAAUGAAAACGGCUUUCAAAAUCCACCAAGCCAAAAUGAAUUCCAAAAUCCACCAAGCCAGAAUGGUUCCCCUGAUUCCAGUCAAGCCGAAUAUCCUACAGCACCACCAAAGACUGAAUUUCCUAACACCAAUGAAAACGGCUUUCAAAAUCCACCAAGUCAAAAUGCAUUCCAAAAUCCUCCCAGCCAGAAUGGUUUACCUGAUUCCAGUCACGUUGGAUUUCCUACUGCACCACCAAAAAAUGAAUUCCCUAAUAACAAUGAAGAUGGAUUCCAAAACCCACCAAGUCAAAAUGGAUUCCAAGACCAACCAAGCCAAAGUAGUUUUCAAAAUGAACCCAACCUAGUUGGCUUUCCUGAUAGAAGCAGCUUUCAAGAUAAUCAAAAUAGCGAUAAUUCAAACGCAUCAAAAGAAGCGAAACAAAAUGAAAAUACUCUGAUUGUUAUACCUGGGAACACGGUACCAAAUGAAGAUGCUUUUGUCUUUGAUGGGCCUAGUGACGCUGUAGCAUUCCCUGAUUCUCAGAAGGAUAAAACUCCUGGAUUUACUGAAGCUACAGAGCAAACUCCUAAAGUUACUGAAGAAUCUUCCACUGCUGAAUCUACUACAGCAUCGAUAACAACAACAUUGCCGCCAUUGACUCCAGUGUCAGCGGACUCAAGAAACAAUUUCAACUUUGGACCGAGCGGCAUCUUCCAGGAAACCUGCACAACGGUAGACAAUGAGGUGGGCAGCUGUAUCUCGGUCACUGAUUGCCAACCCUACCUAAAACUGAUCCAGGAGUCGAGGAGCAACCCUAACGCUUUGCGGGUGUUAAGACAAGCACACUGUGGCUUCCAGGGAAAUAAUCCCAAGGUCUGCUGCCCUCGCCCUGGCAUUCCCACCGGUCUACCCCCCACCGAGCCUACUCUAGCCCCCACUCAGCCCACUCCAGCCCCCACCCAGCCUACUCCAGCCCCCACCCAGGCAACAGAGCCUACUCCAGGUCCGGAGCCUAAGGAGCUAGAGCCACAACUUGAAGCCGUGUCGCUACCAGAGGCCCCGGUGUGUGGAGUCAGCAAUGCGUCCUUCAGUAGAGUUGUUGGAGGCAUACCUGCUAAGUUGGGUGACUUCCCCUGGAUGGCGCUGCUGGGCUACAAGGAGCGGCGCGCCGGUGCCGGCGCACGCUGGCUCUGCGGGGGGUCGCUCAUAUCUGCCCGCCACGUUUUAACUGCUGCCCAUUGCAUUCACACCAGGGAAAACGAUCUCUACCUUGUCCGCCUGGGAGAGCUGGACCUCGAGCGCGACGACGAGGGAGCGACUCCCGUGGACGUGCUCAUCAAGACCCUGGUCAAGCAUCAGGAGUACAGCCCCAAGUCCUUCACUAAUGACAUCGGCAUCCUCGUUCUAUCUCGCAACGUGCAGUUUACUGAUUUGAUCCAGCCUAUCUGCAUCCCGCGCAGCGGCGACCUGCGCUCGCGCAGCUAUGAGAACUACACGCCACUCAUCGCCGGCUGGGGUGACACGGAAUUCCGUGGUCCAUCGGCCCCGCACCUCCAAGUGCUCCAACUGCCGGUAGUCAGCAAUGAGUUCUGCGCACAAGCAUACUCAGCGUAUAAGGCGCAAGUGAUUGACCAGCGGGUGCUGUGCGCCGGCUUCAAGAAAGGGGGGAAGGAUGCAUGCCAGGGGGACAGUGGGGGGCCGCUUAUGCAGCCUAUUUACAACAGCGAGACUCACACCACAUUCUUCUACCAGAUCGGCGUAGUGUCCUAUGGCAAGAAAUGUGCUGAAGCUGGCUUCCCUGGCGUAUACACUAGGGUCACCAACUUCGUCCCCUGGAUAGAAGAGACUGUAGCGAAUAACUGACCUGAUAGAAUGUAGAAUCUAGUAACUAUGCUUCUUGAAUGUUUUUCAGGACAAAUUUUUUACC